AUGAUUCGCCGAUACGUGAGUCCGCGACGACGACCGACGUCCUUCCGUCUACCAAUCUGGGUCUGGGUACUCCUUGCCAUUGGGCUGCUCGAGUCUGCGUACCACUGUAGCAGAUUCAGGGUACCAGUGCCGGUCGAAGAGCAAGAUGAGCCGUUCUCCACGUCGUGUCGUGAGCCAGACGUGACCGGCAACCGCGAGAACGGAGUGAUUGUCAUGCUGGCGAGGAACUCGGAGCUCGAGGCCGCAAAUCAUACCGUCGCAUCUUUCGAGAGGCAUUUCAAUCGAUGGUUCCAUUACCCAAUCGUGUUCCUCAACGAUGAGCCGUUCGACAACAGGUUCAUGGAGGUGCUGGGGAGUACAUCAAGCGGAGACGUGACAUUCGAGACAAUACAACGGGAAGAUUGGACGUUUCCGACGUGGCUCAACCAAACAGCAGCGAAGGAGAGCAUCGCCAAGCAGGGAGCACGUGGAACGAUACAUGCUGGGCAAGAAGGCUACCACCACAUGUGCCGGUUCUAUUCAGGGAAAUUCUACCACCUCGAAGUACUCCAAAAGUACAAGUGGUACUGGCGACUCGAACCGGACGUCGAUUUCUACUGCUCGAUAACAUACGAUCCGUUCGUCGAAAUGGCCCGGCGCAAGAAGGUGUACGGCUUCACAUUGUCUCUCUGGGAGGAAUGGGCCACGGUCCCGUCGCUGUUCCGACACACGGCCGAGUUCAAGGAGGCUUUCGACAUCGCGUCAUCGUCGCUUUGGACGGCGAUGAUGGAGCCGUCCUGGUUGCCGUAUCCACUGAGAUCACUGAUGAGUUUUCUACCGCAUCGCAAUCGAUUCGGCGACGUCUGGAGCGGCUGCCACUACUGGAGUAAUUUCGAGAUUGCAGACCUCGACUUCUUCAGGGGCAAACAAUACCAGUCAUUCUUCAGGGUGCUCGAAAGCACGGGCGGGUUCUAUUUCGAAAGGGUGAGUCGAUAG